AUGGCCCACCACACGGUCACGGCAGCCGAUCUGGACCUGCUGCAGCUCUUGACCUCGCCGCAAGGGCUUCCGACCGGCCACUCACUCAUCCGACAGGGCGCGCUCCAGAACGCGAAGCCGUCCUCCCAGUCGACCACGACGACCACCGCGCGAGAUGUCUUCCCAGCGUGUGCGACUACAGGAUGUGGAUUUUCGCAACACGAGUCGAUGGGGAAUCCGUCUUCGCAGACGACGUCGGCCAAGACUCGGUCACGGCAAAAGGAUCGGAGGCCACCCGUCGAUCCGCUCUUGGUCGCGGCCGCUGCGGCUGCUGGACCAGAGUAAGCGCUGCAGUGACAAGUUCAGCGCGUUCAUUCAUUCCCUAACAAGUUCACUUGGAUCUCUCACCCGCAGUGUAACUCGCAACCACUACCUGCACGAGUUCUUUCCCCACACGCUCGCCUACGCCUCGUGCGAUGACGAGCGUAUCGGGUUCGAAGCCACCAAGGCCCCCGCCCGACCUCGCUUGGAAUCACAACAGGCCCCGAGGAGGAUACGUCUGGCGCUGGAACAGGCUGCGAGGACACAGGCGAUGGAGGAGGAACGCGCCAAGGCCGAACAGGCGGCCAAAGCGACCGCGGCUUCGGCAGCGGCGGCUGGAGUGAGCUCGACCACCCAGUCCAAGAAGGCGCAAGAACACCGAGCAGAAGCGUUGCCGUUGGGGGCCAAGUCGAGAAGAUUGAGCAUGUCCGAUCCCGAGACGAUCAAAUUGUUGAGGCAUCCCCCACCACCGUUCAAGAGUGAAGCAGCUCUCGGCUCGUCCUCAUUGCCCUCGACCUCGUCUUCGAUCGCCGUCGAGGCCCCGUCCGCCUCGACAGCCUCUCCCGUGCUCCCACCGAUCCAAGUACGGUGCGAGGUCCGAACCCGAAUCCCGACACCGCAUGGCCACAUCUUCCUCCACCUCUAUACCAACAACCAUGAUUCGAAGGAGCACCUCGCGUUUGUCGCCGACCAAGCCCAAAUGGAUGCCCUCCACCCCGAGACGGAUCUCGGACCCCCUCAAACCCCCUUCAUCCGAAGCACUUCGCUGGAUCAGGAAUGGAGGAAAGGAGAGACGGAGAUGGAGAGGAUCGUGAGAGGCGCUUACAUGGGUCGUCUGUCGGCGACUUCGAUCAAUCCGUCGACGCCUCGAGCGGUCUCCCCCACCUUUGAAUUCAUCGAUUCGCCAUCGUCGAAGGAAUCCGAACGCGAGGCGCAGCAUCACCAUCAUCAACACCAGCACUCUGUAAAUUUUCAUAAUCACCGUCAUCAGCAUCAUUCGAUGGACGAUGUCGACCCGCCUUUGGUGCGCAUUCAUUCCGAGUGCUUCACGGGGGAAACGAUCGGCUCGCAACGCUGCGACUGCGGCGAACAACUCGACGAGGCGUUCCGGCUCAUCACCCUGGCCCAACGGGGCGUGAUCGUCUACCUGCGCCAAGAAGGACGAGGGAUUGGCCUGCUGGAAAAGAUGCGCGCGUACAAUUUGCAGGACCUCGGGCACGACACCGUGGCCGCGAAUCUGAUGCUGGGUCAUGGCGCCGAUCAGAGGGUGUACGACAUCGCGGGCGCGAUCUUGAGGGAUUUGCAGGUCGGGAGCGUCAAGUUGAUGACCAAUAACCCGGACAAGAUUCAGCAGAUUGAGAAAGAAGGGGUCAAGGUCGUCGAAAGGGUCGCUAUGGUCCCGAGGAGUUGGAUCCCGACCAAGAGGACGACGAGGAAACAUCACAGAAAGGGGACCAAGGGCGGCGCGGGGCAUCGGUCCCAUAGUGGUAUCAUGAGUGGCUCAGCCCUUUUGCAGUUGGCGACGGAGAACAUGUACGACGCAGCAUCGGCGACGCAGUCGCACACUACGACGGCAAACGUGUCUGAGGACGAAGGCCACGACUUGGACGAUCGAGAUCACGUCGACGAUGACGAUGACGAAGACGAGGAUGACUAUGAGGACCACUCCUCGGACGACUCGAGCGCUUCGCACAACCUUCGUCGAGCCGGCGUGGGCAUGAUUGGCGCUUCAGUCACUCGAUCCGCCGAGCUGGACAAAUACCUCAAGACCAAGAUAGAGCGGAUGGGCCACAUGCUCGAUCUGCCCAGCGCGGCGCCGAAUGGAUCGGUGACCCACUCAAGAUCCGAGUCGCCGUUGCCGACGAAUCACGUCGCUCCCCAUCAUCGUCCUCGCCUGCGUUCAAGACAGUCGAGCGGGACGCGCAGUCGCACGACGACGGCGGCCGAGGGCGGCAAGCUGGCCCACGGCGAGAACCAUCCGUUGGCGAGUUCAGUCGUCAGUCUCGACGGGUUCUCGCCUGUGGCCGGUGGGAGGACGGAGGGUUUGGGGGUGGGUCGGGAAGGAGAGGACGAAGAUGAGGAUGCACCUGUACUCGUUGAUAAAAGUGAUAGUUAUUAG